CAACGUUCCUACACAGAUUCAGUCGUUCGUCCAGUUUCCAAGGAAUGAACAGGCGGGUAUAGAUGACGAUUGUGAACUCUCACUUCAGCCCUCUUAUCUGGAUUAUACAGACUUCAUCAACAAUAUCCAUGCCACUCACACAUGGGAGACAUGGGAAUAGGAGUCGUGGAAAACGUCAUCAGCUUGGUCCAACUUGGCUACCCCUUUUCCAGCGACAGCAGGGUGACGAGAGAGAAUGGCCUUCGAUGCCAAUUACCACUGCGGAACUCCAUGUCUAUGGACUUGACCGCCGACGAGGUGAUGAUACGCUGCUCUAUAUUGUCCAGUAUCAUGACCAUGGUCACGGAGACAAAAGUCGCUACACCGAAGACGAUCUCAACGAUUCGGCGGCAUUCAUUAUGCAUACGAUGCGUCAAUUGUCGACUAGUCAGAUCAUAUCCUCUCUCUGGGGAGCGAAUUGCUUUGGAAAGUUGAUAUGUCUCACGUCUCGAUGGAAGAAGAAACCAAGGAUACUAGCAUCACAAAGCUCGAGCAAAUCUGUUAACCGACAUCCUGACGAUUCAAUGCAACGAUAUAUCAAUUGUGUCCCAUGUAAGGGGAAAAGGAAAUCGCUGUAUGCCACGCCGUCCUGACGUCUCAUGAUGACCCGCAACCGACAUUUGCAUUAUAUUGUGUAAAUUAAAUAUUAACAAGAGAAUGAACCAACUGUAUCGUCAUGACGUUUGUCGCUUUAAUGCGCAGCGAGGCCGUUU